AUGGAACAUGUCACAUGUUUGUCACAUGGCCUACAUAGGGUUGCGGAAGAAGUGCGAAGACAUUUUCCAAAAACAUUAUUAGCCGAUAAUAGUUUGGAAUUUGAUCUAGCAUUUAUAAAUGCUAACUAUGGUAACUUACCGAAAUAUAUAACAACUUUAGAAACAUCUGGAUUAUUGUUGGCUGAUGCAGUCGGUAUUAUUGAAAAAUUAAGGAACGAAAUCGGAAUAGAUAAAAGUAAAAUGGAGGAAACCAUAUAUCAAAAAUUUGAAAAUGCUAAAAAAGAAGAUAAACGAGAAGACAAAAAAUCGCCUACCCAGUCCGCCCCGAUUCAGUUUCCAUCUGAUGAUGAAAUCCCUUUAAUAAGAGCUCAAUUUUAUGAAAAAUAUCAUAUACACGGUGUUGUAGGGUGCAUUGAUUGCACCCACAUUUAUAUUGCGUCAGUACCUGAUGAUCCUAUUCAUAGAGAAUAUAUGUAUGUCAACCGGAAAAAUGAACAUUCUAUUAACGUUCAAUUGAUUUGUGAUGCCUCAUGUCGAAUAAUAAAUGUAAAUUCUAAAUUCCCAGGAUCGACACAUGACUCAUUUAUUUGGAAAAAUAGUGAAAUAAGGAAUUAUUUAAAAGACAAAUAUGAAGAAGGAACUUUUAAGUCUUGGCUGUUAGGAGAUAAAGGUUAUCCAUUAGAGCCAUUUCUUAUGGUACCUUUCCAAGAAAAUGAAAUUCAACCACAUUCAAAAGAAGAAAAUUACAAUAGAAUCCACAAAAAGACUAGGUCAAUUAUAGAAAGAGUUAAUGGGCAGCUGAAGGGACGUUUCCGUUGUUUAAUUAAGCAUCGCAUGUUACAUUAUCGUCCACAAUUUGUCUCAUUAAUAACAAUCGCAUGUUGUGUUCUUCAUAACAUGUGUAAACAAGCAAAUUUGGCUGAUUUAGAUUUACAUGAAGAACUUGAUAUUGAAUAUGAAAGACCAAUUCCAAUAAAUGUAAAUGAAGAAAUUGGUAGAGGGCGUAAUUCUUUUCAUAGACUAGGACAGCAAAUUAGAAGUCAAAUUGUAAAUCAAUUGCGUUAA